AUGUCUCCCGCCUUCGCCGCCCGCAACGCUGCUCGCUUCGCUGCCCAGCGCAGACAAUUCACUCUCCUCCACAACAUGCGCCAAGUGGCUCGCUCCUUUGAACCCCACCCCUUCCAGAGGAUGUCCCAGAGCGGCGAGCACGCAAAGCCCUACUACGGUGCCAUGAUCAAGAAGCGUCUCGGCACAGCAUCAAUCUUCUUCCCUACUGCCAUCGUCAUCCUUGGCUGGCCCUACGUCAGCUACAAGCUCUGUGACGGCAGCAUCUGA